AUGCACAUCCGAGGUUCCCCCCGGCGCAUCAUCAUUGACACCGACCCAGGUGUGGAUGACGCCUUGGCGAUUCUGCUGGCCCUGGGCUGCCCAGAGCUCCAGGUGGAGGCUCUGUCCAUCGCCAUGGGCAACGGCAAGGACAUUCGAGCGCUUGGUUCGAAUGCCAAGCUGCUGUUGCGUUUGGCGAACGCAGAGACGGUGCCUGUAAGCCUGGGCGCGCAGCCUGAGGGAGAUGUCUCAGAAGGUGCCACAGUCAAGCGUCGAGGCAUGAAGGAGCAGCUGGUGCACGGAGCUGACCACAUGGGCAAUGUAGGUGUGAAAUAUGGCAAGCGUGAUGCGGACUAUUCAGGCUUUCACCAGCUGCCAGCACCGGAGCUGAUCUACGAUGUUACGCUGGUCUGCAUCGCUUCCCUUCACAACGUGGCCUCCGCACUGCAAGAGCAUCCCGACCUCCCGGAGCUGGUCCGCGAGGUGGUGAUCAUGGGCGGUGCCUUCGGGGAGCGCCGCGGCAACCGCACGCCCUCGGCGGAGGCCAACUUUUUCGACGGCCCCGAGGCGGCCCAGGGUGAGGAGGUUCGCGUGGAGGUGGAGACUGCGGGGGUGAUCACCAAGGGCAUGUCCAUCGCGGACUGGAAGGGCCAGUGGGGAAAGCCUCCCAAUUGCCUGCUGCUGCGGCAGAUGCUUGGAUCCGCGACCAACCUGCGUUCUACCGUGCUUUCGUCGGUGCAAUGCAGCGACUUCCGCGCCCGUCAAGCUGAGCUGGAAGCUGACUUCAUCGUUCGCCUGAACAAUGCUGCCAAAGCGCUCUUGAAGCCGGACAUAGCCGCGCAGGGCAAGGCUGCGUGGGAAGCUUUGGCAGAAGACUUGGCGCAAGGCCUGGUGGAGUCGGGAGGCCAAUUCCAGCAAUUGGUGCAGCGACUGCCGAAGGAGGUCUCCUGGGACAAGGCCAGCUUUCAGUCUGCCUGGCUGGAGCUGCAGCAGGAGGACGCCAAGCUUGCACCAGAGGUGCGGCGCCUUGCGGAGACGGCGGAGCAGAGGCGGCGCCGAGUGGAGCGCCUUUGCUCGACUCGCUGGGCGCACGCAGGUCGUAGUGUUCUCAUUGGCAAUGCGACGCAGGAACGACAGCCAAUCCCAGAGUCUGGGCAUUUUUGUAGCUCGUUGCAGAUUUUGAGCGGAAAGAACGAAGUGAGCGGACACCUUGCUUUGGCCGGCCAGUUUUCACCCCAGAAAAUGAGCGGAAAGCGGCGGGAUGAGCGGACAUCAGCGGGACAUGAGCGGAUGUUUUUGUUUUUUUUGGACAGGGAUUCUGGUUUCGGCGUGGUCUUUUCUUGGGGCUGGCCACACGUGUUGAAGGGUGUCGAUCGAAGCGUGACAUGCUGA